AUGCAAGCAAUCGGUUUCAUCAGCCCAUUUUACCAGCAGUGCGUGCGCCAGGACACUGUCAGGCAAGGCAGUUUUGGCUCCAAUAGCGUGUGGGACGAUAAGAAGUCUGGCGCAAAGGCAAACUUGUCGGUUUGGGAGAUUCGCAGUUCAAUUGUUUGGGCUGCCGAUGGCGAAACUGAAACCACCGACGGCCAAAAAGUUGGUGAUGGUGGACUUGCUGUUACUACGUAUCUUGGACCGAUCCGUGAGAGCCAGGAUUACGAUGCGCCAGACUCCAGCUUUGCUCACGUCCCACUUGCAUCCAUUGCUGAUCUUGGGAGAGACGUACAGGAGGGAAUGUAUUGA